AUGACAAGAGACAACAACAAUAAAUAUCGAUUGCAGGUGACGGCAGGGCCUGAAUAUGAUCCAGCAUGUCAUACUAUUGUUCCUGUCAAUCAGCAGGAGACUGUGACUUUUGAGAACGACCGGGCUUUCGUAAGCCUUUGUGUGAAGGUUCAAAAUUAUAGAGGUUACCCCGAAGGCUCUCCUAGCACAAACGACUAUUUUUCCUAUCCUCUCCAUAAAAACCAAAAAUAUUCCAUCGCAUUUUCCUUCCAACCCAAGAAGGCCAUUUCAGGCGAUAGUCUAAUCUUCGGCAAUGACUUUGACAAUCCAAUCCGAGACCGCUUGCCUCCCGGGCUUAACACAGCUCUACGCAUCGUAAGAUGGAUAAUUGAUCCAGGUGUUUACGGUGACGCAUAUGCAGAUAGGCCAUAUCUAUAUGGUCCUGCACUUUCUAGUUUGAAUUGCCUACGAAUAUGCGGAAAACCUGGCUACUACCAAAUAGGAUCAAAAAAUUGGCGAAAGGAGCUACACAAUGAAUUAAUCGACGAAGGUGGUGAGGCCGAAGGAGAAGUGUCUAGACGGGAAAUGAACAUUCCAGAUCAGGCAAUUCAGAGGAGAAAGCAUUUCCUCGUAAGGGAAAACCGCCAGGAUUUCUGGUUUGAACCUGGCAUCGUUUAUAAAGCGGACUUUGGAAACGGGUAUAUUGACUUCGAAAGUUUCACCAUACCAGUCAUACAAUACGUUAAUGACAAAACCCACAAGCUGAGAUAUGUAUUGAAGGAUAGGGACACUGGAGAGGUUAUUUUCGCACUCGUUUUCAAUCUGAUCUUUGAGGGGUAA